CCGAGUGGGAUCCAGUCUGGCAGAGAAGCUCCCACAGUGAGGACUGGUCUCCUUUGGGUUGUUUUUGUUUUUCUAGGCAAGGCAGAGAUAUUGAUUUUAUUUUUAUUUUUUUUUAUGUGAUUAUUUUUCAAGUUUUCAGUUGUGAUGCAAUUUUGGCCGGUGAUGUAACGAUCUACCACAUCGUAGUCACCAUCUCAUUUGAAGUUUUCGACCAUGUUACGUUGCGUUGUUCAGCGGGCCAAUAACCUGCGGCACUCGGACCCCCUGGCCAGUGUCACCUUUCGAGGGUCAAAGAAGAAGACCAAGGUUAUCAAGAACAAUCCCAAUCCCGUUUGGAACGAGGGCUUCGAAUGGGAUCUGAAGGGAGUUCCUUUGGACCCGGGAGCUGAGCUUCACUGUGUGGUCAAGGACCAUGAGAAAAUGGGAAGGAACAGGUUCCUGGGUGAAAGUCGGCUUGCCGUCAGAGACGUGCUCGCUUCUCCCAACUUCGCCGCCUCCUUCACCGUCACUCUGCUGGACACCAAGAGGAACAACACGGGGGCUACACUCACCCUGCAGGCUUCUUACAUCCCGCCUCCCGGGUCAGCUCCCAUGUUCCAGUCCCCAUCGCUGCCCGAGUCCUUGCCUCACCCCAAUGUGGAGCUGGACACCGUCACAAUGAUCUCCCUGGACACGUUGGGCGAGGAAGACACGGAAAGCAUGAUUAUGCUGGAUGUCCCGGAGGAGCAGGGUGCGGACGACGGACGCUCCAUGGUAGUGGUCGGCCCCCAGGGGCCUCAGGCCCAGGAGUCUCCAACCGCCCACACCCCCAAACGCUCGCCACCGUCUUAUAACACUCACAGAGGACUGAGGAGGAGACGGAGGGGUGCCACCAGUCAGCCCAAACCACUGGCCAACAAGCCUCAGGACAUUCAAGUUCGCGUGCGGGUCAUCCAGGCUCGACAGCUCCCGGGCGUCAACAUCAACCCGGUCGUUAAGGUUACGGUCGCUGGACAGAGCAGAAGGACGCGCAUCCGGAAAGGCAACAACCCGAGCUUUGACGAGACUUUCUUCUUGAACUUCUUUGAGACGCCAUCCGACUUGUUUGACGAAGCCAUCUUCAUCGCGGUGUGUGACUCGCGCUCGCUCAGAACGGACGCCGUCAUCGGAGAAUUCAAGCUGGACGUGGGCGCAAUCUACAGCGAGCAUCGACACUGCUACUUGAGGAAGUGGCUGCUCCUCUGUGACCCCGACGACCUGUCUGCUGGGGUUAAAGGUUACCUCAAAGUCAGCCUGUGGGUGUUGGCCGCCGGAGAUGAGCCGCCGGCGGACAAGCGCGAGUGUGCGGAGGACAAGGAGGACAUCGAGGGCAACCUGCUGAGGCCCGCCGGUCUGUCCCUGAGAGGAGCGGCCUUCACUUUGAGGGUCUUCCGAGCCGAGGACCUUCCUCAGAUGGACGAUGCCUUCAUGGAUGGGAUGAAGCAGAUUUUUGGAUUCGACAGCAACAGGAAGAACUUGGUGGAUCCCCUGGUGGAGAUCCAUUUUGCUGGCAAAACAGUCUGCACAAAGGUUCUGGAGAAGAACGCCAAUCCGCAGUGGCACCAGAGCCUCACAAUGCCAAUUAGGUUUCCGUCCAUGUGCGAGAAGAUGAGGAUCCGACUUAUUGACUGGGACCGAGCCAGUCACAAUGAUGUCAUCGGCACCGCCCACCUGUGUAUGUCUAAGAUCUCCGCACCCGGAGGCGAGAUUGAGGACGACUUGACCCCGCGGAUCGUCCCCUCUGGCAUGGACGACACGCUGGGAUUCCUUCCCACAUUUGGUCCGUGUUUUGUCAACUUGUACGGCAGUCCCAGAGAAUUCAGCACUUUCAAUGACCCCCACGAAGCCCUCAACUUGGGAAAAGGGGAGGGCGUGGCCUACCGAGGUCGGGUCUUGCUGGAACUGACCACAAAGCUGGCGGACAAACCGGAGCCCAAAAACGAAGACAUCCCGUCGGAUGAUCUGCUCGUGGUUGAGAAGUUCCUCAGGAAGAGGAAGUUCUCCCUGUUUGUGGCGUUCUAUUCCGCCACGCUCCUGCAGGACGUUGACGACGCGGUCCAAUUUGAGGUCAGCAUCGGCAACUACGGCAACAAGUUUGACUACAGCUGCCUGCCGCUGGCCUCCACCACGCAGUUCAGCAGGGCCGUGUUUGACGGUUGUCACUACUAUUACCUCCCGUGGGGAAACGUGAAGCCGGUGGUUGUUCUCUCAUCGGCGUGGGAAGAUAUCGCCCCGAGGAUUGAGGCUCUCAACAUGCUUUUGGCCGCGCUAGAUCGACUGGAAGCCAACUUGCAGCGGGUGCAGCUGGAAAUGAAGGCGGGAAGCGACAUGGAUGUGCUGGAGCUUCGAGUGGUGGAGCUGUUGGAUCAUGUGAUCACAGACUGCAGUCAGGAGCUGCCCUCUCUCGAGCGCUGGCCGUGCGCCACGCCGCUGGACCGCUCGCUCCGACACAUCCGCUCGCUGCACCUGCAGCAGAUCAUGACGGCGGCGUUGGCUCUCAAACACGGACCGGCCACGGAACUUUCCACGGUCAUGGAGCAAGCAGAGGACUGGGCCAGCCGGCUGAGGAGCUUGGCUGAAGAGCCCCAGAACAGCCUUCCUGACAUCGUGAUCUGGAUGCUGCAGGGCGAGCGAAGGGUGGCGUACCACCGCAUUCCGGCACACACCGUCCUCUACUCUGAGCGCCACGGCGGGAAACACUGCGGGCAGCUGCAGACCAUCUUCCUCAAAUAUCCACAAGGUGGCGUCGGAGAGGCCAAACUUCCUGGUCAGCUUCGGGUCAAAGUUUGGUUCGGACUGGCUGCCGACGACAAACACUUUAACCUCUACGCUGAGGGAAAGCUGUCCGUCUUCGCAGAAACCUAUGAGAAUCAGACUCGGCUCGCCCUAGUGGGUAGCUGGGGAACUACGGGUCUUACUUGCCCCAAAUUCAGUGACGUGACAGGAAGGGUAAAACUGCCCAAGGAGAGUUUCAAACCCUCUCCCGGCUGGACCUGGGCCGGGGACUGGUACAUCAGUCCAGAGAGGACACUGCUGUUUGAUGCGGACGCUGGUCACAUGACCUACACAGAGGAAGUCUUUGAAAACCAGAUGCGGUUACCUGGUGGCCAGUGGAUUGGCAUGAACGAGGGAUACACCGAUGUGAAUGGGGAGAAAGCCGUGCCUAAAGAUGAUGUGGAGUGUCCUCCGGGCUGGGUUUGGGAGGAGCCGGAGUGGAGUGAGGACCUCAACCGGGGCGUGGAUGAUCACGGUUGGGAGUACGGCAUCACCAUCCCACCGGACCGUCGGCCCAAGUCGUGGGUCCCCGCGGAGAAGAUGUACCACACCAACCGGCGAAGGCGGUGGAUGCGCAUGAGAAGGCGGGACCAGCAGAAGAUGGAUGCGCUCAGAAAGCAGCGUCCGGACGAGGCGGCAUGGGAGGGCUGGGAGUAUGCCUCGCUGUUCGGUUGGAGGUUCCACCUGAAGUCGAGAAAGACUGACAGCUUCCGCAGACGCAGGUGGAGGUGCCGCAUGGAGCCCCUGGAGAAGACGGGCCCGGCGGCCAUCUUUGCUCUGGAGUGCUCCCUGAGCAGCAUUGAAGACAAACAUGACGACAAGUCCGUCACCACCACCUUUGGAGUCAACAGACCCACCAUUUCCUGCUUCUUUGACCGGGGCACCCGCUACCACCUGCGCUGUUACUUGUAUCAAGCCAGGGAGCUGAUGGCCAUGGACAAGGACAGCUUCUCAGACCCGUACGCCAUCGUGUCCUUCCUCCAUCAGUCCCAGAAGACGGUCACGGUGAGAAAUACUCUCAAUCCCACCUGGGACCAGACGCUCAUCUUCUACGAUGUGGAGAUUUUCGGGGACCCUGAGGCCACAGUGGCCAGCCCCCCGCAUGUGGUGGUGGAACUGUAUGACCAGGACACAUACGGAGCAGACGAGUUCAUGGGUCGCUGCGUGUGCUCGCCUUCGCUGAGCCGCUCGCCCAGCCUGGCCUGGUUUCCCAUCCGCCUCGCUGACAAAGACGCCGGGGAACUGUUGGCAGCUUUUGAGCUCAUACGUCGGGAGAAGCCAGCAGUUCACCACGUCCCAGGACUUGAGGCUGACCUUGGGACUUCCAGCCACGUUCUGGAUGAGUUGAUGUUCCCGGGAUUCCUGUGUGACGGCGCGCAGACAUGGCCCGAGGAGUCGGACCUUCCAUGCCUACCCCCUCAGAGGGAGCCCAAUGUCUUCGCGGUGCCUCAGGGGAUCAAACCUGUUCUCCAGAGAACAGCCAUCGAGGAACGGCUAAGUGUAUUGGCAUGGGGCGUUCGCAACCUGAAGAGCUUCCAAUUGGCCAGCGUCACCUCUCCUAGCCUGCAGGUGGAGUGUGGCGGCACCACGGUCCAAAGCUGCGUCAUCCGCAGCGUGAAGAAGAAGGCCAACUUUGAUGUCAACACCCUCUUCCUCGACGUGAGACUCCCCCAGGAGGAGCUCUACAUGCCCCCCCUCGUGAUCAAGGUCAUCGACAACCGCCAGUUUGGCAGGAAGCCCGUAGUGGGCCAAUGCACCAUCCGUUCCCUGGAGGAGUACCGCUGCUCCCCCGGGGAAGACGAGGAGGAGGUUGAGCAGAGAGACCAGGCGGAGGCGGACGAAAGUCGAGGUCCGAUGCCCCGCGUGGUCAGCGGCGACGCCUUCAUCACCGUGGAUGACGAGGAGCCGCUCAUCCCACCCCAGCUUGCAGACGGAGCCAGUUCCGCUAUUAUUAACCUCUCCGCCUCUAGCUGCAGCCUCCAUGAAGAAGAGUUGAUGGACUGGUGGAGCAAGUUAUACGCUUCCACAGGAGAGACGGGCAAGUGCGGGACGUAUCUGGAGCGAGGCUCGGACACCCUGCAGGUCUACGACAGGGAGUUGGAGAAGGUCGAGGCGUUUGAGGGUCUGGCGGAUUUCUGUCAAACCUUCAAGCUGCGCCGAGGUAAGACGCAGGCGGAAGGCGAAGAUCCUUCGGCGGUGGGCGAGUUCAAGGGUAUGUUUAAGAUCUACGCACUGCCAGACGACCCCUUGGCCCCCCCGCCGCCCCGAAAGUUCAAGAAGCUUCCUCCCAACGGCGUGGAAGACUGUUUGGUCCGAGUUUACGUGGUCCAGGCUCGAGGGCUUCAGCCAAAAGAUGCCAAUGGCAAGUGUGACCCCUACGUGAAAAUCACACUCGGAAAGAAGACCAUCAAUGACCAGGAAAACUACAUCCCCUGCACUCUGGAGCCCGUCUUUGGAAAGAUGUUCGAGCUCAGCUGUUCCCUCCCCCAGGAGAAGGACCUGCGCGUGGCGCUGUAUGACCACGACGUGCUGACCAAAGACGAGAAGAUAGGCGAGACGGUCAUUGACUUGGAGAACCGCUUCCUGUCCAAAUACGGCGCCGGCUGCGGUCUGCCGCAGUCGUACUGCCUCUCGGGCGUGAACCGGUGGCGGGACCAGCUAACGCCCAGACAGCUGCUGUUGGGACUGUGUGAGCGACAGAACCUGCGGAAGCCCGUCUACCACAAGGACACGGUCCUGUUCAGAGGGGUGCAGUACACCAACGCCCAUCUCGUGGGCGAAAACACGUGCCAACGACACCUGGGCCCCAUCGAGGAACGUCUCUCGCUCCACAUCCUGAGGCAAAUGGGUCUGGUGCCGGAACACGUGGAGACCCGAGCUCUGUACAACCCGCUGCAGCCCGACAUCGAGCAGGGACGUCUGAUGAUGUGGGUGGACCUGUUCCCCAAGUCUCUGGGACCAGCUGGACCCCCAUUCAACAUCACGCCACGCAAGGCCAAGAAGUUCUUGCUGCGCUGCAUCAUCUGGAACACCAGCGACGUCAUCCUCGACGACGUCAGCAUCAGCGGGGAGAAAAUGAGCGACAUCUACGUGAAAGGCUGGCUGGACGGUCACGAGCACAACAAGCAGAAGACGGACGUCCACUACCGCUCGCUGGACGGCGAAGCAAACUUCAACUACCGUUUCGUCUUUCCUUUCCUCUACUUGCCCGCCGAGCGGCUGUGCGUUGUCGACAAAAAGGACCAUUUCUGGAAUCUGGGAAAAGCCGAAACUAAACUUGCUCCCAGACUGACCAUUCAGGUGUGGGACAAUGACAAGUUCUCCUUCGACGACUACCUUGGUCACUUGGUGAUGGACCUGAACCGCAUGAUACGUCCCGCCAAGUCGCCGGAAAAGUGCGACCUUCGUCUGCUGGAGCAGCCAGCCGAGCCGCGCUCGUCUCUCUUCGAGCAGAAGACCGUCAAGGGCUGGUGGCCCUGCGUCCGCGACCAGGACGGACAGAAACUCCUCGCUGGGAAGGUGGAGAUGUCUCUGGAGAUCGUGACGGAGCAAGAAGACGAGGAGAGGCCAGCCGGGCUCGGCCGAGACGAGCCCAACGUGAACCCUCACCUGGAAGAACCUCGGCGUCCCGAGACCUCCUUCCUGUGGUUCUCGUCCCCCUUCAAGACGAUGCGGUUCAUCCUGUGGAGGCGCUUCAAGUGGUUCAUCGUCCUCUUCCUCGUCCUAUUCCUCAUCCUCCUCUUCCUUGGUGUCUUCCUCUACUCCUUCCCGAACUACGCAGCCAUGCGGAUGGUGGGCCCGUUUGGACCGGGCCGGGUAGCCGAGUGACCCCGACGAGAAUUCUCCCAUCAGAAGCGCGGGCUCAUCUCUCUUUCCGUUUCAUGCGCUCCUCUCAUGUGCACUCACGCAGAGAGGCAAGCCAGCAGAAGCUGAACGGCUGCCACGGAAUCGGAGAUGGAUUCUGAUGUUGCGAGCGCCUGCUGCGACGCCUCCGACUCGUUUCGCUGCGGCGAGGAGAAAAAGUUCCAAACAGGCUCGUUAUUCUCUUUGAACGCCAGUCGUGAGCGCCGCGGCGUUCAUGCGGAAUUGUCAGAUCUUCGUUUCCUCUUCCUUCUUUUGCCUUCACACGCUUCUUUUUCUCUUCUUCGUCGCUCCCGUCAUCAUCAGCAGCAGCAAAGGUGGAUCAAGCCACUGAUGGAAAAGUUAGUCUGUGAACUCAACCCCGAGUGGAAAAGUUGACUUAAGUCGGCCCGCCGGCAAUGAGAGAGUGAGCCGUGUAAACAAAAGUCCCAUUGAGUGCUCAAACAUUGGAAAGAGUUUUGGUCCCGCGUCCACGUCCAAACCCGGUGCCGCUUGUUGGAUCUGCCCUCUCGCUGCUUCCUCUUCCUUUCCCGCGCUUCCGUUUCACCGUACUCAUCUGCUUCAUUUACGCAAACUUAUCUCACGUGCCUUGAGGCUGCUUGAAGCUUCAUGAAACACACCGCUCACGUAAAAAAUUGCAGAUAUUGGGUUGUAAUCUUUACACAUACGAUUAAUUUGACCUUCUGUAAACUUUUGAAUGUGCUUGUUGAACUGUCAAAAUGUCUUGUCAAAGUUGACACGGGAGAGACUGGUGUUGUUAAGAACCCCUGCUAAAUUUGAAUAAUUAU